AUGCUGAGUCAGACUCUGGGUUUAUCUGAGGCAAUUUCUCUUUUAGAUGCACAAUCCCACACGUCUUGCUUUUCCUACUGGAGGCGAGAACAAAUUCAGAGAGGAGUCAGAGCUGGAGGGCCUGGCUGCAGAGCAGCUCUGAGCUGUCUGUGGGUGAACACCUUCCAGGCCGUCCUGGUGUCUGAUGGCUCCUACACGUUCACCCUCUUCAAUUAUUACGAGAUCAACUGGACCACAGGGACGGCUAGUGGCGGUGACCCCCUGACGGGUCUUGGUGGAGUGAUGGCACAGGCAGGAUUUAAUGGUGGAAACCUCACUAAUUUCUUCACUCCGGGGUCAAGAACGCCCGAGAUCGUGAAUAUCCAGGAGACCACAAACGUCAAUGUUCCAGGCCGCUGGGCAUUUAAAGUUGACGGAAAGGAAAUUGACCCAGCCAAUGGCUGCACCUCCAGGGGACAGUUCCUUCGGCGAGGGGAGGUGUUUUGGGACGACUUGAACUGCACCAUCAAGUGCCGCUGUCUGGAUUUCAACAAUGAGAUCUACUGCCAGGAAGCUUCUUGUAGCCCCUACGAGGUGUGCGAACCCAAAGGCAAAUUCUUCUACUGCAGCGCUGUGGAAACCAGCACGUGUGUGGUGUUUGGGGAGCCACACUACCACACUUUUGAUGGCUUCCUCUUCCACUUCCAAGGCUCCUGUGCCUACUUGCUGGCCCGACAGUGUUUGCAGACUUCCAGCCUCCCUUUCUUCAGUGUGGAGGCCAAGAAUGAACACCGCGGGGGUUCAGCCGUCUCCUGGGUGAAGGAGCUCUCAGUGGAGGUGAAUGGCUACAAGAUUCUCAUCCCCAAAGGAAGCUACGGAAAAGUCAAGGUUAAUGACCUAGUGACUUCUUUGCCCGUCACCUUAGACUUGGGGACAGUGAAAAUCUACCAGAGUGGCAUGUCUACUGCCGUGGAAACAGAUUUUGGGCUCUUAGUGACUUUUGAUGGCCAGCACUACGCCUCCAUUUCCAUCCCAGGCUCCUAUAUAAACUCCACCUGUGGACUCUGUGGAAACUAUAAUAAAAACCCACUGGAUGACUUCCUCCGCCCGGAUGGCAGGCCGGCCAUGUCUGUCCUGGAUCUGGGAGAGAGCUGGCGUGUGUACCACGCGGACUGGAAGUGCGACUCUGGCUGCGUGGACAACUGCACCCAAUGUGACGCUGCCACUGAAGUCCUCUACUUUGGCUCUGACUACUGCGGCUUCCUCAACAAGACAGAUGGGCCCCUGUGGGAGUGUGGCACUGUCGUGGACCCCACUGCUUUUGUGCAUAGCUGCGUGUAUGACCUGUGCAGUGUGAGGGACAAUGGCACGCUCCUCUGCCAAGCCAUCCAGGCCUACGCUCUUGUGUGCCAAGCCCUUGGCAUUCCAAUUGGAGACUGGCGAACCCAGACUGGGUGUGUGUCCACGGUGCAGUGCCCGAGCUUCAGCCACUACUCCGUGUGCACCAGCAGCUGCCCCGACACGUGCUCCGACCUGACGGCCUCGCAGAACUGCGCCACGCCCUGCACGGAGGGCUGCGAGUGCAACCAGGGCUUCGUCCUCAGCACCAGCCAGUGCGUCCCGCUACACAAGUGCGGCUGCGACUUCGAUGGCCACUACUACACCAUGGGGGAGUUCUUCUGGGCCACGGCCAACUGCACUGUGCAGUGCCUGUGCGAGGAGGGUGGGGACAUCUACUGCUUCAACAAGACCUGCAGCAGCGGGGAGGUGUGCGCCGUGGAGGACGGCUACCAGGGCUGCUUCCCUAAGCGGGAGACCGUGUGCCUGCUCAGCCAGAACGAGGUGCUGCACACCUUUGAUGGCGCCGCCUACACCUUCCCCUCCGAGUUCUCCUACACACUCCUGAAGACCUGCCCUGAGCGUCCAGAGUACUUGGAAAUCGACAUCAACAAGAAGAAGCCCGAUUCAGGACCUGCUUGGCUGCGGGGACUUCGGAUCCUGGUGGCCAACCAGGAGGUCAAGAUAGGAGGUAUUGGGGCUUCGGAAGUCAAGUUGAAUGGUCAGGAAGUGGAAUUGCCUUUCUUCCAUCCUUCUGGGAAGCUGGAAAUUUAUCGAAACAAAAACAGUACGACAGUGGAGUCCAGGGGUGUGGUGACUGUCCAGUACUCAGACGUAGGUCUGUUGUACAUCCGGCUGUCCACCACGUACUUCAACUGCACGGGGGGCUUGUGUGGCUUCUUCAACGCCAACGUCAGUGACGAGUUCUGUCUCCCCAAUGGCAAGUGCACGGACAACCUGGCCGUGUUCCUGGAAAGUUGGACAACUUUUGAGGAGAUCUGCAAUGGGGAGUGUGGGGACCUGCUGAAGGCCUGCAACAAUGACUCCGAGCUGCUCAAGUUUUAUCGAAGCCGCUCCAGGUGCGGCAUCAUCAACGACCCCUCCAACAGCUCCUUCCUGGAGUGCCAUGGGGUAGUGAACGUCACUGCCUACUACCGCACCUGCCUCUUCCGCCUGUGCCAGAGUGGGGGCAAUGAGUCAGAGCUCUGUGACUCUGUGGCCCGGUAUGCAAGCGCCUGCAAGAAUGCCGAUGUGGAGGUGGGGCCCUGGCGGACCUAUGACUUCUGCCCGCUGGAGUGCCCAGAGAACAGCCACUUUGAGGAGUGUAUAACAUGUACAGAGACCUGUGAGACCCUUGCCCUGGGCCCCAUCUGCGUGGAUAGUUGCUCUGAGGGAUGUCAGUGUGAUGAGGGUUAUGCUCUACUGGGCAGCCAGUGUGUCACGCGGAGUGAAUGUGGCUGCAACUUUGAGGGGCACCAACUUGCCACCAAUGAGACCUUCUGGGUGGACCUGGACUGCCAGAUCUUCUGCUAUUGCAAUGGCACAGACAACAGUGUCCACUGUGAGACCGUGCCCUGCAAGGAUGAUGAGUACUGCAUGGAGGAGGGCGGCCUGUACUACUGCCAAGCCCGCACCGACGCCUCCUGCAUCGUCUCAGGCUAUGGCCACUACCUCACCUUUGAUGGCUUCCCCUUUGACUUCCAGACCAGCUGCCCGCUCAUCCUGUGCACCACAGGAAGCAGGCCGAGCUCAGACUCUUUCCCCAAGUUUGUUGUCACAGCCAAGAAUGAGGACCGGGACCCGUCACUGGCCUUGUGGGUUAAGCAGGUGGACGUGACCGUGUUUGGCUACAGUAUCGUGAUCCACCGAGCCUACAAGCACACUGUGCUGGUCAACAGUGAACGGCUCUAUCUGCCCCUGAAGCUGGGGCAAGGAAAGAUAAAUAUCUUUUCCUUUGGCUUCCACGUGGUGGUGGAAACUGAUUUUGGCCUGAAGGUUGUAUAUGACUGGAAGACCUUCCUGUCCAUCACAGUCCCUCGGAGCAUGCAGAACAGCACCUAUGGUCUGUGCGGCCGCUACAACAGCAACCCUGAUGACGAUCUGGAGAUGCCCAUAGGUCUGCUCGCAUCCAGCGUCAAUGAGUUUGGGCAGAGCUGGGUGAAGAGGGACACCUUCUGCCAGGUGGGCUGUGGGGACCGCUGUCCGUCCUGUGCCAAGGUAGAAGGUUUCUCCAAAGUGCAGCAGCUGUGCAGCCUGAUCCCCAACCAGAAUGCUGGCUUCUCCAAGUGUCACAGCAAAGUUAACCCCACCUUCUUCUACAAGAACUGCCUGUUUGACUCUUGCAUCGAUGGGGGCGCGGUGCAGACCGCCUGCAGCUGGCUGCAGAACUAUGCCAGCACCUGCCAGACUCAGGGGAUCACAGUGACUGGCUGGAGGAACUACACAUCCUGCAGAAGAAACUGAAGCUCAGAGAAAUGAAGUCACUUUCCCGAGGAAGGUGG